GAUCAAUGUGACACCUAGCGGAACUAACCAGCUGAGUCUCAGUAGUGGGCGGGUUAUCUGUGGUAUUUAAUGUUUGUGUCUGUUUGAAGCAACGAUGGGGUCAGUUCAUUAUUUGAGACAAUUUGUUAAUGAGCGACUUACCGCUGCCGCGGACGAAAUACUUGGUGUUUUUGAAAGGACUAUCGUCGAGUACCAGGAGAAGCUUGAUCGCCAGCGGCGGCUGGUGGAUGUCCUCUUGAAACCCCAAAUCAAAGUGUGCAGGAUAGAGCUCCAACAUGAAGAGGAUGAGGAGGAUUUGAGUGAGCAGAGGCUUUAUAAACAAGAGAACUUCAGUCUGAACCAAGAAGAUGUUAUUUCUAGAGAGUACACAGCAGCAACAGUACCUGCAGAGCUCCAACAUGAAGAGGAUGAGGAGGAUUUGAGUGAGCAGAUGCUUUAUAAACAAGAGAACUUCAGUCUGGACCAAGAAGAUGAUGUUAUUUCUAGAGAGUACACAGCAGCAACAGUACCUGCAGAGCUCCAACAUGAAGAGGAUGAGGAGGAUUUGAGGGAGCGGAGGCUUUAUAAACAAGAGAACUUCAGUCUGGACCAAGAAGAUGAUGUUAUUUCUAGAGAGUACACAGCAGCAACAGAGCUCCAAGAUGUGGACCAGCAGCAGCUUUGUUGGCAGGAGCGGAACUCCCUUCUGGACCAAGAGGAGCCAGAAACACCCCAGAUUAAAGAGGAACCCUGCAGCAGUCACGAAGAAGAGUUUCAAGAUACUUUUUUAUCCCUUCCUAUUAGUGGAGAAAACUACAAGACGGAGGAGCUAAACGAAAGUCGGUUGGAGGAUCAGACUGACUGCUUUGCAGCCUUAGAAGCAAGCAAUGACAAGGUAGAGGGUGACACCAACAGCAAGGUGUUCAAAUGUGACUACUGCGGGAAAGCUUUCACUUUCAGUUGCAAACUGAAGCGACACAUGCUGAGCCACACCGGAGUGAAACCUUACUCCUGCAAGACAUGCGGGAAGACAUUCAGCCAGCGCUCCAAUCUGAAAAGACACUCCAUGAUCCACACGGACGAGAAGCCGUAUUCCUGCAAGAUGUGCGGGAAGCAGUUCAGGAACGCGCACGAGGUGAGCACGCACGUCAGGACUCACACGGGCGAGAAGCCGUAUCCUUGCGACACCUGCGGGAGGAGCUUCAUUCAGCUGUCCAUCCUCAAAAGACACGCCAUGGUCCACACGGGAGAGAAGCCCUUUCUCUGCAACACCUGCGGGAGAGGUUUUAGCCACCCGUCCGUGCUGAAAAGGCACGCCAUGGUCCACACGGGGGAGAAGCCGUACUUCUGCAACAUCUGCGGGACAAGAUUCCGAGCGAGCAGUACCUUGGCCAAACACAGGAGGGUGCACGUGGGAGAGAAACCACACCUCUGCCCCUCACAGGACAAUUACGUUGGGGAGAGUCAUUAGCCUUGAAGAGACUCACCCCACAUUUCCACAGGAUGCUUCGCCGCUGCGGUGCGUAAUCGCCAAGGCGACGGACUGUUUCCGUUUUUAUUCAAGUCAAUGUGUCUGUUUCCACUGCCUGCGAAACGGCAACGACAUGGAUCCCUGCGCUAAAUAUACGCAGAGCUUCUAAUUUUGCCGGUCGGAUCAAUUCAGCUGAAAUCUGCUUGUGUUGGACAGGAAGUCAAAUGCAAAAUACUUUCAAAAUAAAAUAGUCUGUAUUCAAGGCAGCUGGUAUUUUACACUUUGAAAUGUGCUAAUGGGCUGGUGUAUAUGAUGUUAUGUUGUGUUGUUGCUUGCUACAAAAAAAAUAAAGUGGUCGUUCUUCAAGGCAAAA